GUUUUUAUUUCUCGGAAUCGUCGGACAUGUGUUUCGGUGAGGGAGAAGAAAAAGAAAACAGAGAAGAAAGGAAGAUGCAACAGUUGAUGAAACCUUUUAGGUAUUUAAAAUUAUUAUAGAAGACUUUUCUUGAAAGAAAAGAUUUAAUAAACUUGCAGUUUUAUUUAUAAAUGUUGGAAAGCAAAGAGAGUGCAACACUGAUUCAAAUUACUCUUGAAAAAAGUGAAACUAAGACUUGCAUGAGAAUCAAUCCUUUACAAAUGUCACAAACUUUGCAAAAAAAGUUUCUUGCCAAAAAUAAAACAGAUGGUAUUAACAAAACUAUAAUAUCUACUGGUUUGUCAGCAUUAUCAGCUUCAAAAAAACGGUCCAGUUCAUCGUCAAGCAUUAGUGAGAAGAAAGAUGUUUUGAAACCCACUAAUAUCCUUACUGAAUCUCGAAAGUUGAAUGUAAAUUCUCCUAUCGGUUUGCAUCAAAACUUUCAUGCAAGUGACACAAGAAGUAGUGUUGUGUCUUCAAUCUGUGAUGGUUAUACAAGUAUACAAGAUGCAAAAUUUGAAAAAGAAGAAGACUAUUGUGAACCUUCAGUUGUUAAAUAUCAAGUUGAUGAGACUGAUGGUAACAUUGAUACAACAAAAUAUCAAGCUAGCAACUCUGUUAAUUAUGUUCUGCCAAUAGAAAGUUUCAACAAAUUUAAAGUGAUUUUACCAAAAUCUAAACUGGAAUUAAAAACCAUUGAUGGAACUAAAGUAAUUGUUACAAGAAGUUCUACAAAUAAAAACAAUUGUCUAGAAAUCGAAAAUUCUGAAUCGACAAAAGCAUCGUCAGAAUUGACUAAUAAUAAUUUAUUAACAAGAAGUUUUUACAAACAUCCGAAAUCAAGUUUAAGUAUUUUAGAAUUGCUAACACGCCAAAGAGCAGAUCUAAGCUCCAAACUGCCAAGUAUAUAUACAAACCGUAAAACAGUGGAUCCACGUAAUUACGUAUACUGCACUAAAACAAAAAAGUUUGUAAUUGAUAGUCAAACUGGUUUAAUCUCGUGUCAAAAUAUUGCAGGAGUAAGUGUAACAGAAAAAAAAAGCGACAGCGAUGAAGUUUUUGUCCAUCCUGAUUUUGUUUUGGCCCCAAUUUCAUCAUGGUUGUCAUCAACAUACACAAAGAAACUCUUACAACAAUAUAAACCAAUAAGCAGUGCUGUAAAACGCGUUGCUAGCAAAGUUUUAUGUAGCAGUGGGAGACUUACUUUGAAAAGACUGAAAGAUGAUGACACAAAAACAGCUGGAGAGUCAUUCCAAUACGUCAUUUUAAGCACAAAGUUUGGUUCGUUUGUUCAAAAGAGAAACUUAAAAGUUUUACAAUCGUCUCCAGUAUUUAUAGAUGACAGAGGAACCUGUUUUUCAAAAGAAACUGACAAGUUUAACAACAUGGCUAAAGUUCUUCAACAACCAAGAAAAGUUGAAGAAGAAGCUGCUUUAGUUUCAUUAAAACAGAUGCUACCAGCUUAUCUAGAUUGUGAUGUAACAAAAGCAAGUAUUAUCCUCCACACAGUAAUCUACAUCAAGGAUUUAGAAGAAGAAAUUAGAAGCUUACUUAAUGAAAACGAUUCCAAAUAUAUAAAUUCAAAACAUGACUCUUCUCUGGAGUGUUGUGAUUCCUUUAUGAUCCCAUCGACUGAGCAUUUAACUUACGGUAUACUAUACGACAAAGACUCUUGCCGUAGAGACCCACUUCUACCUUCAUAUACACAAGAUCAAGAUAAGUGUACAGGGGUAUUGUCACCUCACUUUUCAUUGAAAUGCAGUGAGGUGAUUCAAUCCGAAAAAUUAAUGUCCUUUGAAGAUCUUUCAAAGACGGUUCUCAAUAGUGAAAAGACGUCCAGUCUAGGUACAAAUGGGGAUUAUUUUGAUGUGAAUCUUAACAUGGUCGAGUGUUGCCAUGACUACCUUUCAACUAAUCCGACAUCUAAGGAUAUCUGGAUCAUGGAAAACUCGUGGAAUAAUGAAGGCGAAAUAUUUGAGGACAACGAAAAGCACGAGGAAAGAUUUUCAAGUGAGACUUUUGUUUACACCGAUGUGAAUUUGCAUUCUUCAAGUCAAACUUCGACCGCUGUCCAGUCAUGCGCAGAUAGUACUUGUGAGGAUGCUUCCUCUGAAUUAUAUCCAAUUUUAACGAACUCCUCUGGCGAAAGCAGUUUAUUUUCAUCUCAAUCCAAUGGAUUCGUUUUAUCUCCUCUCACGUCUGAUUAUCUUUUACCUGCUCGAGAUGUUAAUAAUUUUUAAAGAUUUUAAUGUUUUAUGUAAUUUUCAUGUUUGCCACUAAAGUACGUUUAAAAAAUUGUUGUUAACGCGGUUUAGUAAGUUUCCAUGGUUACAAGUUUUGUAUUUUGAGUGUUGUAAGUUUUCUAGAGUCAGAUUUUUAGGCUCUUCGUUCAGGUGGGCCGAUAUAGUUUUAUACUUUGGCCGAAAUUCUUUUGGCCAUUUGUUCAGGACCUAUCAAUCAGAGAAAAAUCUACCCGAAUGCUGAAAGGCCUUUAAUACGUUUUUCUACAUAAUGUUGUAAUUUUGCCAUAUAGUUGUAUUGUUACUAAAUAUGCUGAGGUUAGCAUGUUUUUAACGUCAAUAUUGUUUUUUUUAUUGGUCUUUUUAUUCUUGUCUACGAAAUUCUAACUUUCUACUUCGCAACGAAGCGAUCUAACUUUAAAUAAGUCAAGUUUGACAAAAGAGUUUUCAAAAGGACAAUUUGCUGGAAUGUAAAUUCAAUGUUACACUUUUUUUAUAAACAAUCGCCCAAAAAAUUGCCAAAAUUUUAAACAAUUGCCAAACAACUUUCACUUGGCGAAUAAAUUGUCGAAAAUUACCGAUUUGCUUGCCAAAUAAUUGGUCAAAUAACAUAUAAAUUUCCAUGGUUCGAGUUGAAGUCCUAAGUUUGUCAGAUCUAAAACCCUUGCAACAGUGGCACUUUGAAUGAAUACUUUGCAAAUUUUCAUGUUCUGAGGUUAAACACUUGACUCAUUUUGAAAUACUUUGAAAAUAAACAAUUCGCCUCGUACAAUCUUACCCAGGUAAAAAAUGACUAGACAAUUUUCUGGGGUGUUUUUCCUAAGUAGCUAAACAAUGUUCGGGGCGAAGUGCAAAAAGUCAAUUGUUUAUAAAAAAGAAAGUGUAACCGCGGUUUUAUAACAAGUUGAAGUUUCUUGCCAAUAAAUUUGUUGUUGUUUUUAAUGUCGUUUGUUUAGUGUGAAAAAUAAGAAGUUUUUGUUGUACUAAUUUCAAAAAAUGAAUAUUAAUUUUACAUUAUUA